CAUCACGAUGCUCGUCUUUGGUGUGAUCAGCUCCAUCUUAGCGGCAUCAGGUGCCAUUGCUGCCCCGCGCCAAGCCCCGUUCUCCUUUUCGGCCCCGUCGCCGCAAUGGGACCCGCAAGAGCACAUGAGCGGCAUUGCUCGCUACCACGAUGCUCCAGGCGCAGACGUCCGCCCACCGCCCGGUUGUCACGUCUCAGCGUCGGCCUAUCUCAUUCGUCACACUGCCAUUGGCGGUAACGACGAGGAGUGGGACGAGUACAUGAAGGGCUUCGUCGAAAAAGUGACGACGUACCAGGAUGCCAAGGGCUCUUUCAAGGGCGCUGGCCCCCUCGCCUUCCUCAAGAAUUGGAAGAGCGUCGUCACCGAGGACACCAUUGAGCAGGUCACUGAGCCUGGUAAGAAGGAUGCCUUCGAGUUUGGCAAGCAGAUGCGCAAGCUCUACCCUGACCUCUUCCCGCCCAAGGAUCUUGGCACCAGCAAGAAGAGGAAAGGGCCAAAGGAGCCCAAAGUGGCAUUCAAGGUAUGGACUGCCAGCUCUGAGCGCGACAUCGAUACGUCCAAGGCAUUCAUUCGCGGCUGCUUUCCCAAGCGGCACGAGGGCGAUGGUGGUGAGGGUGAUGGCAAGUACGUGCAGCUCGUUGAGGUACCGAACAAGGAUCCGAGCUGGCAAGGAUCCUUGACCCCGCAUAAGAUCUGUCCUGCCUGGACCAAGGAAGCUGGCAAACCGGCAGCUCGUACCUGGCUGAGCCACUACGGCCCUGCCCCUUUGGCCCGCUUUAAGGCUCUGAUGCCGGACUUCGACUGGCAGCUCGACGACAUCAUAGCCAUGCAGAUGAUGUGCGGCUACGAAGAAACAAUUCAAGGCCGGGGCACGAGUCACUUCUGCAAGCAAGGUCUCUUCACUGAGGAGGAUUUCCGAUCCUUUGGCUACUUCUUUGAUCUCUUCUACAACGACGUGGUCGGCUACAAUUCGCCCAUGGCGCCCUACAUGGGUACGCCAUGGCUCAACGUGUCUGCGCAUAACAUUCUGUCUGCUGAUGCGCCGAAGCACCCUCACUUUGAAGCGAGCAAGAAGAAGGACGGCAACCUUCCUGACCCAGACAACCCGCCCGACUCGACGCACACGCAGCGCAUCUUUGUGUACUUUACCCACAGAGAGGAGCCGCCCGUCGCCCUCGUUGCCUUGGGAAUCUGGAAUCAGACUGCGCUCGGCGGCCUGCCUACCGAUCGUAUGCCGCCGAGGGAUCAGUACGUCUGGCAGACGUCUCACGUCCUGCCAUUCCUCGGUCACGUAGCACUCCAGCGUCUCGAUUGUGGGGACCACUCGGAACGUGAGGGCACAUACGUGAGGGUAGUAGUCAACGGUGCGGCUCAAAAGCUUCCUCGAGCCGAGCUGACUGAUGGGCCGGGGAACUCGUGUCAGAUUGAGCGAUUCCAGUCGUACGUUCAGGAGAGGGUGGAUCAGUAUGCUGAUUUCGAGGGAGCAUGCCGCAAGGAGGACUCUGAAUGAAUAGAGCGAUAGACG